AUGGCCAACUACCAAGGAAACCCAAUGGCGGGCAACAAUAUGGCUGGCCCAGCACUCCAAGCCCCAGCACCUCAAGCCCUAGCACCCCAAGCACCGGAUUCGAAAGAGAGAAAUAGGCAGAUGGUAAUGCAUAGAACCCGGCUGGAAGCUGCCCGAAUCAGGGGAGACCUCAUGGUAAAGGCGCAAGAUGGCAGCACCAUCGUAGCGCAGCCUUUGGGUCAGUUCAAUCCAAUGCACACAGUCAGGAGCCCGUACGCCGGAAGACAAUACAUGGACGACAUCCACCAGCAGAUAGCGCAACAACAGUAUGGCCCCGACGGAAACCGAAUGGCCAAGGGCUACGGCAUCACCCUCAAGAGAAUCUUGGCCGCUGGCGGCUUCGGCAUCGCUGCUCUUGUCGAGCACAGAGGCAACCGCAAUGUGAGGACGGAUUGCGUGAUGAAGAUUGAAAAGACCCGCCCUUUCGCCUCGUAUGACUCGAUCAAGCUGGAGCAGAAGGCUCUCAACGCAAAAAUCAACGACAAGAGAGACGCCGAAAACGAGGGUAAGAGACCAUAUAUGCCCAGAUCGAGUACAGAGGCUCGGGACAAAAAUUGGGACAUCAAGAUCCAGCGGGAGCGCAGCUUCAUCUUGAUGGAGUAUGCCAACGGGAAGAGCCUUCAUACAUGGCUGAACAAGUCCAGUCGAUCUGGAAGACCUUGGCCCAAUAAGGCUCUUUGGCUUUUGUUCAAGUGCCUCAUCAAGGGGCUUAUUGGAAUUGGAUACCCCCCAAAGGAGAACUACCAACGGGAUCACCCUGACUGGGAUCCCAACAAUCCCAUCGAAGAGUACAUCCCCGGCACCAAGAAGCCCCAGCAAACUGUUCAUUUUGAUCUGGACCCCAAGAACAUCCUAGUGAGCUUAGAGCCCCACGGCCCUAUGCCGCUCUUCAAGAUCUCGGACUUUGGCUGUGCCAAGUUCUUUGACGAAGCUAAUCAAAAGCCGGAUGAAUUCACAGAGGAAAUAUUCUGGAGAUCUCGCUCGCUAGGAAAGCCGGGCUACCACACGCCAGAACAAUUUCAUAGGUCUUGGGACUCACUCCGGCCCUUCAACGACGGCGGAUCCAACAUGUUCCUCGAAGCCAAUAAGCCAUCAAUUGCUGGUAACUACGGUAUGCCCUGCAACAUCUACCAGGUUGGAGUCAUCAUGUGGUGUGCCAUUACAGGGGCAAAAUUCCAAGAUCCCGUCGUCGGGUGGAAAUUCGGCGGAGAAAGUGGCCUGGAGUCGGACGACCACGUCGUGAGAUGGGCCAACCAGUUCUUCAGCAGCCCGCGCGUCCCUGGUGACGGCCCGCCGCCGCAGCCGCAGCCGCCCCACACGAAGAACGGAGAGGAGUAUGACACCGAUGACGAGGAGGAGGAGCCCGUCCGCACAGGUGAUAAGAGGAAGCGGACCGGCAAGGAUGGCAACCCCCAGCAGCGGGGUACCGUCUUGCGCCUCAAGACCGUCCACAACCCGGCCCCGGGAACGAUCCAGCAAGGCGGUCAGCAGCAGCAGCAGCAGCAGAUGACUCUGAACCAGAUUCAAACAGGCACCGUGUAUCCCAUGCCACAGAGACAAGAAGGGUUCGACUUCGUCCGCGAUAGACAGCGGCCGCCGCCCCAGCAGAUGAUCAUCGACGCCUUCCGCGACGUCGAGCUAUAUGACGCGACACCCAUCGAGAAGAAGGAUCCUCCCCAGACCUUCAGACGCAUGCGCUAUCCUCGGAGUUGUGGGCAAGGGCCAGUACCAACGCCGUCGGUACUACAGCAACAAGUGCCACUACAGCAGCCGGGAGGCCAACAACCAGGAGGACAAGGACAUCAGCGGGGCCCGAGUCUCAACCCGGCCGCAGCAACUUUCCAGCCAAACGGACAAUUCGCGAACCCUCCCAACGGUUUGCCUGUUCAGGGCCAGCCCCAGCAGCAAUGGCAAACUCCCAACCCGAACCCUCCCCCCGUUUUCAUUCCCCCUCCAGGAUUGCCUCUUCCCAUCCCUGGGCUUCCUGUCCCCCCUCCAGGGCUGCCUCUUCCUCCACAGUGGCAACCCUACGUGAACCCCUUUCCAGCUCCAAUGCCGCAGCAGCAGCCACAACGACCAUGGCAACCCAUGAACCCGAACCAUAACUUCAACCAGAGCAACCACCAGUUUCAACCCCAGCAACCCCAGCCACCGCACUGGAGACCCAACAACAGCAACACAGACGCCUUCGCUCCUCUGCCUCAUCAGCAGCAGCAACCCGGUCGGUAUCUGACCCCCUUCCCUCCCGUACAAGCACCGCCGCAGCACUGGAUGCCCGGCCAGAGAAAAGGGUUAGUACCGCCGAUCCCCAAAACUGACAACGAACCAGGGCAGCAACAGCAGCCCCCCCAAGAUGAGAAGAGCUAUCGUCAGAAAUUGAUUGAGCAGCACAGCUACGAUCCGUACCCCGAUGUCGCCUCUGAUGAUUUGGAGAUGCAUCUUGGUCCGUUUGAAGACUUAGUAGUACCCUUCUCUGGUGGUGGUCAGAGCAAAUAG